AUGAACUGGGCAUCUACUAGAGAUGGGAGGGAAUGCCACAAUAUAUUGGGUUUAAGUUACAAUGACUUGCCAUAUCCGUUAAAACCAUAUUUUCUAUACAUCGCUGCAUUUCCAGAGGACUCCAUUAUCUCUCUCUCCAAAUUAGUUAGGUUGUGGGUCGCCGAAGGUUUCAUACUGCAAGAGCAGCGACAGACAAUGGAAGACACUGCAAGGGAUUGGUUGGAAGAGUUGGUGCAGAGGUGCUUGAUCCAGGUUGCCCAGAGAAGCAAGGCUCGUGGGCGGGUUAGCAACAUACGCAUCCAUGAUCUGUGGCACGACUAUGGCCUUGAAAAAGCCAAAAUGGAUGAAUUUCUUCAUGUUUGCAGUAGUGACGACAUGGCAGGAUCUAAUGGUAUAUCGACUCACCGUGCAGCUUUCUACAAUCGUAUAAAUGACGAGGUUGCUGUUUCCUCACCGCGUCUCCGCAGUUUGCUGGGCUUCAGUUUAAUUUUGACUAAUGUGGGAAGAUCUUUGAAUGGGUUAAAUUUAUUAAGGGUGCUGGAUCUGGAGGGUGCAGAGGAUUUGGAAGAGUUACCGAAGCAGAUCGGCAGCAUGAUUCAUCUACGAUACCUGGGAUUCAGAUACAUUGAUUUGAAGAGGCUGCCAUCCUCCAUCCGACAUCUCCUGAAUCUGCAGACACUGGAUGUGAGAGGCACAAAAAUUUAUUCGCUUCCGAAAUCAUUUUAG